UUUACAUUGACGAUAUAAUCAUCUUUAGCAAGAAUGAAAAUGAGCAUAAGGAACAUUUGGAGAAGUUCCUUGCAAUCGUUAAAGCAGGACUCGUGCUAUCACCAAUAAAAACGAAGAUAGUUGUAAACGAGAUAGAAUUCCUUGGAGCAGUCAUUAGGAAGAAAAAGAUCAAUUAUAUCCCGAACCUUGGAGUUCUUCUUGGACCCUCGUAUCAGAAAACAUCUCCCCAUGAAGACAAAAGACUAAAGGAUCAUGAUUGGGAGCUUAUUCGCAAAAUAAAAGAUUUGGUUCCUGACCUGAAAAUUCCUCUUUCAAACACAUAUAUUGUUCUUGAAACAGAUGAUUGCAUGGAAGGAUGGGGAAGAGUAUGCAAAUGGAAGAUGACAAAGAACGAUCCUAGAUCUUCAGAAAGA